CGACAUCGGCGAGUAAAGUCAAGUCAGCCUUCAGAGGUUCACAAUCACGUAGAGAACCGUGGAACAAAUUGUCCGAGUCGUGGCUACUCUUAUUUUUUUGGGGGGGGAAACAACCUUCGGGACAAAAGGACAUCGUCUCCGUGCUUCUCGACAAGGCUCCUUACCAGGCUACCGACCCCCACCCUUUCUGGCCAACAAUCCGACCCCACCACCAGGCCUCAGUUACCCCUGUCCAGCUGGAGGAGGACCCUCCACCACCUCUACCAGUCCAGCCAGGCCGGUCAGUCCACAGCGGUCAGCGGGGAGUAUCAGGCCAGCAGCCAAGCUGGAGGGAGCCGGAGGAGGAGGGGAGCUGGAGCCGCAGCAGAGGCCCUCAGGGGCCGAGGCCCCGGGCUUCAUGUUGAGGUAUAGAGGCUGUGGUACCGCUGCUACAGAUGCUGAUGGCACCACUACGGAGCAGAUGGAUCCGAGAGAGCAGCAGCAGCAGCAGGAGGAGGAUGAUGUCGUCUCAGACGGACACACACACAACGGGGUAACUCUGAGGCGUCACCCUCCCACAUCACCAUUAUCCACUCCUUUACCAAACAACACCGGGCUGUGUGGAGACGGACUGGAGACCUUGAGACCCAAUGCGCUGGAGUUGCAGAAAGCGACUGAUGGAGAGGAGGAGGAGAGAGAUGGAGGGAUGGACUCUACCUCUGCAGGGGAGGAGGACUUGAAGACUCCAGACGAGGGCUUCAUGGGCAUGACGCCUCUACUACAAGCCCACCACGCCAUGGAGAAGAUGGAGGAGUUUGUUCACAAGGUGUGGGAAGGCCGGUGGCGAGUCAUUCCUCAUGACGUGCUGCCUGAGUGGCUGAAGGAUAACGAGUAUCUCCGCCACGGGCACCGGCCGCCCAUGCCCUCCUUCAGGGCCUGCUUCAAGAGCAUCUUCAGGAUCCACACUGAGACUGGCAACAUCUGGACUCACCUGCUGGGCUGUCUGUUCUUCCUGUGCCUGGGCAUCAUGUAUAUGUUUCGUUCCAACAUGUACUUUGCUGCCCCGUUCCAGGAGAAGAUAGUGAUCGGUAUCUUCUUCAUCGGGGCCAUCCUGUGUCUGUCCUUCUCUUGGCUCUUCCACACCGUCUACUGCCACUCUGAGGGCGUCUCUCGUGUCUUCUCCAAACUGGACUACUCUGGCAUAGCCUUCCUGAUCAUGGGCUCCUUUGUUCCAUGGCUCUACUACUCGUUCUACUGCUCUCCCAACCCCAGGUUAAUCUACCUGGUAGUAGUCUGUAUACUAGGAGUCUCUGCCAUCAUCGUCUCACAGUGUGACUUCUUCGCUAAGCCACAGUACCGCGGCGUCAGAGCAGGAGUGUUUGUAGGUCUGGGUCUGAGCGGUGUGGUCCCCACCCUGCACUUUGUCAUCACUGAGGGCUUGCUGAGAGCCACUACUAUGGGUCAGAUGGGCUGGCUGCUCCUCAUGGCAACGCUCUACAUCUCUGGAGCCUGUAUCUACGCAGCCCGCAUCCCAGAGAGGUUCUUCCCCGGGAAAUGUGACAUCUGGUUCCACUCUCAUCAGUUGUUCCACGUCCUGGUGGUGGCAGGAGCGUUCGUCCAUUUCCACGGCGUGUCCAACCUGCAGGCCUUCCGCUACGCUGCCGGGGCGGGCUGUGAGGAGGACAAUGCCCUGUGAAGAUCCUGCAUGUCGUCACGUCAACACACCACCAGGGGGAGACACGCAUAUAUAUACACACACACACACAUAACAGACACACACACACACACACACACACACACAUACAUAACAGACACGGGAGACUGAUGGAGGCUCAUACACACACUGACUCCCCAGUAGCCCCGUCUCUCUCUGUACAUACAGAAACCCCUUAGAGGACACGGGGAAAAAAGACAAGGUUUUCUUUUCAGUUGGAAAAAAAAUGACCUAAGUCUCGUUUGUUUUUCUUCUCCAUCUCCAUCUUGUUUUCAAUAACUGCAUCUAGGGUUUUGGACAUUUGAGACUGCCCCCC